GAUAUCCGGUUGUAAUCUCGAUUACUUGACGCAGCUGGUUUGCCCAUGUGCGUAUUUAACGUGAAGGCCGCAAACGUAAUAGCAAUGAAAGAAGACAGGUGAAGAUGGUGUUGAAGGUUGAACAAAGAUUCACUUCACUAUUCAUGGGAGUGGCUGAGUGAAAUCUGCGGACACAUUAUCUACGGAUUAAUGGAUCUCUCCGGCUGUUGAACCACAUUUCUCUGGGACAGCCAGGACUACCCCUCUUAGUGCCUUUGGACAUAUUCCUAACUAUUUUAAUAUGUGGGUAUUCACAUUAGCAGCACAUCAACACAGGCUUCUGCUUGUUUUGGGUAGAGGAUUGAACAAGCCAGCGUCAGUUUCAAGAGUGGGUUCUCAGUUUGCCUCUCACCAUGUCACAGCUACUCUCCUGUGCCCGGAGGACACAAGGAGAAGACACAGGCACAAGCCUGUUGUAUCUGAUGGACUGCAGGACCGUGAGAGGUCAGUCCAGAGUAGAGUGUGGAAGAAUGAGAGCCCAGUGUUGCAAAGGACAAGUCAAAGGAAGGGAAACGAGCCGAGACUAUCGUCAGAACUCAGGAAGCUGUGUCUGGAGGACUCCCCUGCAGGGAGGGAGAGGCCGGUGAUACAGAAGUCAACACUGGACUCCAAAGCAGACAGCACUGAUGAAAUUGUUUUUGGCAUUUCUCCCUGUCUCCUGGCUCUGACUCAGGGUAGAAGAAAGACCCGAAAACUGUUUGUAAAAGAUGGUGAGGCCUCUCACAGGGCUGCUGUGUUAAAGGUUUGUGAGGAGGCUUGUCGGCGAGGAGUACAGGUCCAACGGGUCAGCAAGAAGGAUCUGGACACAAUGUCCUCUGGGCGAGUACAUCAAGGAGUAUGUCUGCAAGCCAGUCCUCUAAGCUAUCUCACCGAAGACAGAGACUCUGCACUCAGCAGAAAAGACACCCCUCUUUGGCUUGUCCUGGAGGGAGUUCAGGACCCGAUGAAUCUCGGUGCCAUCCUGCGCUCUGCUUAUUUCCUCGGUGUGGACAGAGUUGCCAGCAGUCUUCACCACAGCUGUCCACUGUCUCCAGUGGUCAGCAAGGCCAGCUCAGGUGCUAUGGAGGUGUUUGGGGUGUAUGGAUAUGAGAACCUUGAGGAUAUGUUGAAGGUUAAGGUGGCACAGGGCUGGCAUGUGGUGGGCACAGUGGGAGCAGAAGCAGACCAAUCUCAGAUUCCUGUCACCCAGUGUUCAGACUUUCAGAUAACUAAACCCACGUUGUUGCUGAUGGGAGGUGAGGGGGAAGGACUGUCCCAGAAGCUGCUCUCUCUGUGCCAAACCCUGCUCACCAUUCCAGCCGGCAGAGAUCUGUUUCCUGGCAUAGAAUCUCUGAAUGUCUCAGUAGCUACUGGCAUUCUGCUGCACUCUCUGCUGUUCUCCAGGAGGUCGACCAGAUGAUGACCCUAAACAGAGUGCUGUGCAAAUGUUUUGGGUGGUAAAAAAAAGUAAAGCAAGGAUUCUUUAGAAAAUAAUGCCAUGAAUAUUUUUGAUUUAUUAGUUGACUUCAUACAAACCUGAAUCACAUCAACAUUUGCUGUGACCACCCUUUGCCUUUGACACAGCAUGAGUUUCCCUACGCCUGCACACAGUGUCUGAACACACACGCUGUUGUUUAUUUUGACUCUGUCCCACCUACGCCGGCAUACACUGGAGGGAUGAGUGCCAAAGAUAUAGAAUAACACCAGCCCGAUCCUUUCAAAUGCUGCGAAACACCCACAACAUUUAACAGCUCUGUUCUGUCAGAAUUGCAGUAUCAAUAAAUAAUAAGUUGUUGUUAAUAGUUGGACUUAUAUUUUGAAUAAAAUUAUACUUCAUAUUUA